CACGGUAGUAAUAGCAGGCAGCAGCAUCCCCACUCGUCCCUCGCACGCACCCGGUAAUACCAGCUCGAAAUGAAGCAAAUCAUCAACCUCCCCGGCCCCAGCUGCAAGCUGAUCGACUCCCCGGUCCCCGCGAUCAACGACGACCAAGUGCUCAUCCGGGUGGUCGUGUCCGGGUCGAACCCGAAGGACUGGAAGGUGCCCGAGCUGGCGGGGAGCGACGACGAGACGUUCGGGGCGCGAUACGCACAUAUCAAAGAUGGCGUGAACCAGGGCGACGACAUCGCGGGCGUGGUCGAGAAGGUUGGGCGGAAUGUGUUUGAGUUCAAGCCCGGAGACCGCGUGGGCGCCUUCCACGAAAUGCUGGCCCCUGGCGGCUCGUACGCCGAGUACGCCGUCGCCUGGAGCCACACCACCUUCCACAUCCCAGCCAAGGUGUCUUUCGAGGAAGCGGCAACCAUCCCUCUCGCAGCCCUAACAGCCAUCGUCUCUCUCUACCACCACCACCGCCUCCCACUCCCCUGGACGCCCCCCGCCCCGGGCCCAACCCCCCAGCGCACCCCCCUAUUAAUCUACGGCGGCAGCACCGCCGUCGGCGCCUUCGCCAUCAAACUCGCCCGGCAAAGCAACAUCCACCCGAUCAUCGCCAUCGCCGGCCGCGGCGCCUCCUACAUCUCCCGGUUCCUCGACCCGGCAAAGGGCGACGCGAUCGUCGACUACCGGGCCGGCGCAGCAGCCACCGUUGCCGGCGUGAAGGCCGCGCUGGCUGCCGCAGCCCCCACCUCUUCCACCCCCUCGCCCUCGGAUGAUGGUGGCCUGAAACUAGAACACAUCCUCGACACGAUCGUCACCGAAACCAGCUCCGAGGUGAUCCGCAGCGUCGUCGCGCCCGGCGGGCAGGUCAACUACGUGCUCCCCUGUCCGUACGACGUGUCGCCCGGCGUCAAGACCAACACGUGGGUGAGCAGUGCGCACGAGGUGGGCGGGGAGGCGGACGCCAGGGAUCUGUGUUUCGUGUUUUGUCGGUGGUUUGGAAGGGCACUGGCCGAGGGGACGUUUGAGGGCCAUCCGUUUGAGGUGCGCGAGAACGGGUUGUUGGGGGUGGAGGGGGCGAUGCGCGAUUUGAGGGAUGGGAGGGCGAGUGCUGUUAAGUAUGUCUUUCGGGUGGGGGAGACGCCGGGGUUGUAG